AUGGACCACGAACAACCACCUGCCGAGAAGGCCGACACCGUCAUCAAUGGUGGCAUUGACUCGAUCGAGGAAGAAGCUAAACCAAUCGAUCCUCGCGUGGAGAGACGAGUGUUGCGGAAAAUUGAUCUCUUCUUGAUGCCUGCAAUGGUCAUUGGUUACGGAUUGGUCUAUUAUGACAAGGCACUCCUUGGCAACGCAGCCCUCUUUGGCAUGACCGCAGAUCUUCACCUCUCUGUGAAGGACACUUCUGUCAAUCCACCCGUCAUAAAUACAUCUAGAUUGAGUUGGGCCACAUCUAUCUUCUACUUCGGCCAACUGGCUGGCUCUUUUCCUAUGACAUACACAUUGCAACACUUCAACACAAAGGUUGUGCUCGGCCCCAUGGUCAUGAUUUGGGCCAUUAUUUGUGCAGCUACUGCAGGAGUGACAACCUGGCAAGGGCUUCUAGUACAGCGAUUCUUUCUCGGUAAGAGAUCAAAGAAAUUAGGCUUUACUGAAUCUGUCAUUCCGACUUGUUUCAUGGUGACCGUCAGUGGGUUUUACACUCAGCAAGAGCAAUCUUUACGACAAAGCUGGUGGUGGUCGGCUACUGGAUGGUUUACAAUCAUCGGGGGCGGUUUUAGUUAUGGUUUUGCUCAGAUUGAUAGCGGUGGUCUAAAACCCUGGCAGUACAUCUAUAUCUUUGCCGGCGGCUUGACCUUCCUCUUUGGCAUUUGGUGUUUUUUCAUACCCAACUCACCUCUCACUGCAUGGUUCCUGACACCCGAAGAGCGGACUGUGGCCGUUGAGAGACUGCGAGCUGGGCAGACUGGGUUGAAAAAUAAAAAAUUGAAGCCGGCUCAGCUUAAAGAAGCAGUCUUAGAUAUUAAGAUCUGGCUGAUAGCUAUUACAAUGGCCUCGGCUUACACAGUUAAUGGUGCAGUGGCUGGUUUCGGGCCGUUGAUUGUAUCAACCUUUGGCUAUUCCUCACUUGAGAGCAUUCUAUUCCAAUUCCCGCUUGGCGCAAUAUCUGGCUUUGGAAUUGUGCUGCUUGGCUGGUUAUGCUCGCGGGUGCGAAACAUCCGGGUAAUAUCCUUGAUUUUGUGUUGUCUCCCCGUGAUCGCAGGCUAUGCCAUGAUAUGGAAAUCGACUUGGGGUCACAGGCCCGUUGUGCCGGUCGCUGGAUAUUCUCUGCUUGGUUUCUUUGGUCCAGUAGUUGCUAUUAUCAUUCUACUCGGAGCUGGUAACGUGGCUGGUGACACGAAAAGGAGCUUCACAGCAUCUACAACUUUUGUUGCUUAUUGUGUAGGUAAUAUCAUCGGGCCACAGUUGAUUAAAAGUCAAACAAAGGCCCAGCACUAUCCAGAGCUUUGGACCGGCUUAACCAUCUGCUAUUGUAUUGCUAUUUUAUCUGUUUCUAUUCUUUAUGUAUUAUUGUCACGGGAGAAUAAGAGACGUGAUUUACUAGGUUUAGAUGAGAACGAGCGUGGAAAGUUAGGAUUCAAAGACCUGACUGACAAAGAGAAUCUUUACUUUAGAUAUAUAUAUUAGAGUAACUAGUUUAUUACUUUUAAUACAAGCUGGGC